UUCUUUGCAUUUGCGGAUCGAUUUCUAGGGUUUUCUUCAGAUAUUUCUAGGGUUUUCGUCAGAGAUUUUGCUUGCUCAAUUGGCCAUCUUUGAUUUUAUUUUAUCACGUUUUGAUUUUGUUCUUUCUGUUUUCUGAAGAACAUCCUAAUAUAUAGAGAGACGGCUUUAGGAUUUUGAUUUUAGUUUUUUCCCAAUUCGAAAACGCUUGCGUGACUACGACGAGUCAUGCGAGGGGCGCGACAAUUCACUGACGUGGAUGGAAGACUUCAUGAGAUUCUCACCGUCCGUCAGGGGUUUGCUUUGAGUUUUGGAGCGUUUGGCUUUUGCAAGAUGGUGGGGAUUCCAUUGGUUCAGGUCUGUAGUUGCAAAACUGUGCUCGAGUCUCGGAAUUUUGUUCCACAUCUCCCAAUUAGACCUUUGAGAAAGCUUGUUCCGUUACGAGCGAGUUCUGCAAGUUCUGAGCAAAUUCCACCGCCCUCAGCAAAAAGGAAGAAUCCUCUUGCAGUUAUUUGGGGUAUCCCCGGAAGUAUCUGGAAGCAAACGUUGCAACCGCUUAGUAAUUUUGGGUUUGGUAAGAGCAGCAUUUGGGAAGGAGGUGUCGGGCUUUUUUUUGUGUCAGGAGCUGUUCUAUUUGCACUGACUUUGGUUUGGCUGAGGGGAUUCCAUCUGAGGUCCCGGUUGAGGAAAUAUGAGGCGGUGUUAGAGUUCACCCAGGCUUGUGGUAUUAGCAAAGGAACGCCAGUGAGGAUCAGAGGAGUGACUGUUGGUGGCGUGGUUCGCAUUAUUCCUACUUUGAGGAGUAUCAAUGCAGUUGUUGAGGUGGAUGAUGAUAAGAUAAUAAUACCUAGAAAUUCAUUGAUUGAGGUGAAUCAGUCUGGCCUUCUUAUGGAGACUAUGAUCGACAUUACACCACAACUUCCCCUUCCAGCACCUUCAGUGGGCCCUCUCGACCCAGAUUGUGUUAAAGAAGGUCUGAUUGUGUGUGAUAGGGAGAAGAUGACAGGCCAUCAGGGGGUAAGCUUGGAUGCAUUGGUGGGAAUACUCGCUCGGCUUGGACGAGAAGUGGAGGAGAUCGGUGUUUCCAAAAGCUAUAUCUUGGCUGAAAAGGUUGCAUCUGUUUUACAAGAAGCAAAGCCACUGCUCGCAAAGAUUGAAGCCAUGGCUGAAGACGUUCAACCAUUGCUGGCUGAGGUUCGCAGUAGUGGUCUGCUGCAGGAGUUUGAGAGUUUAACCAAAAGCCUGACAGAAGCAACUAAUGAGUUGAGAAGUGUGCAUUCAUCCAUUCUGACCCCGGAGAAUGCCGAGCUCAUCCAUCAGUCUGUCUACCACCUCAUAUUCACUCUGAAGAACGUCGAGCGUAUCAGCUUCCACGUCUCAGGUUUCACAGGCGAUAAUGCUACGAGGCAGAACUUGAAGUUGCUUAUCAAGUCACUUAGCAGGCUAUUGUAGAGAGGGAUUGAUAAGUAGGAUAUAGGCAAGAGCUAUACUGGUUGGAAGAAUGAAGAGAAAGGAGCCUCGAGUACAUAUUCCUGGUUGGAUAUCUUCUUCUAAGAAUGCCCAUUAUUAGUUUUUGGUCGGAUGUUGUUUCAAUUCAUAGCAAGUCUGCUUAUGUGAUCUUAUGGGGGAUUUUAUUUUAUUUUUUUUUCAUCGAUGAGAUCAGAUGAGUGUUGCAUUUCACUAUGCACUGAUCGGUACUUUUCGUGCAUGUGCAUAGUCUUUACAUGUCAUGUGCUGGCCGAUAUUUCUACCCUGUACUUGUUUGCUUGGUGAGGCUAUGCAUUCUUUGUGACCCGAAUGUGGUAAGGUUGUAGCAUGUCAUCAGUAUAUUGCAUGCAUUUUUAUUUUUUAUUUAAAUUAUUUUUUAAAAAAAGAAGGGGAGCACUUGCCACCAGCAUUGUAUUGAUGAAGAUGAAUUUACAACCAUUCGGGUGGGGCCACGAUGGACAAAAAGAGAAAUCGGCCCUCACUAUCAUAUACCCAGAGCAGAAAAACCAAACAAAAGAGAGGCCAGGCGGGAAGAAAGAGAGCAGCAGGAGUAUAUUGCAUGCAUUGAUCAGUACAUUUUAUGCAUGUGUAUUUUUCUUUUAGCAUGUCAUCGGUAUGGCAUGUGUAUCAAUCGUGACUUGAAUAUGGCAAGCUGGUGGGGCCUGCUUCAUUUGCCUUCAGGAUGUUAUGGGCCCAAUUGGGUUUUGCAUCAAGCAGUUGAAAUAUUUCAUUGGUGAAAUCCAACUAUGGGUCUUUUGCUGGAUCA